UCCGCGACGUUCUGGGCUGCGAAUGAAGACAGAACCAAGGCGUCAGAAAGGAGCGGGCGAAGGGGCGCGGCGGUGUCCGGGGCAUUUUCUUAGCGUCCGGGAGGGAUAAGGGACCAACUAAUGACAGAGGAGAGGAAGUGGUGUCGCUGAGCAAGCGACUGGAAGGCUGUAGGGAGCUAGGAAAAGGGCGCUGACCUCUAUAGCCUAGGAAGGGCAUACCCUUGUCCCCUGGAGGAGGGCGAGAAGCGAUGGGGUCCCAAGGGCAGGGCUCACACAGCAGGAAAACGAGGAGAGUGCCUCUCACGUCGAACCAGCUAAGAGCGGGGGCCGGAACCACUGGAGGACCAACUGCUGGGGUUUAUUCGGUAGCCAAGGAGGUUAAACCUUUGAGGGCUGGACCAGCCGGGACUGGAGCAGGGUGCGGCCUCCAGGGUUGCUGGGCAGCGCCUAGACCCUUUGAGCACUGCACGGAUAAACCACGGGAACUUCCCGCACUUGCACAUUGUUCCCGCGAUUCGCAGGCACAGGUUCCUGAUGCUAGCGUUCACUCCAAAGCAAUCGCCCUCAGUGAACUACACAGUUGCCGUGACCUUGAGGAUGAAUGCUUGGAUUCCAGGUUUGCUAAAGGCCCCAGAAGGUCCUUUACACCAUAUCUUACUGUAAUAAACAAUCUUUUCAAGCAACAGAAGUUAACAAAGGUGGAGACACGCCUUAAAGAAAAGACAAUGGCGGAAAUGACCGAUCUGAACAAGCGUAUAAAACAAGCUCAAAUCCAGCGGGACCAGCAGCUGGAAGACUGCAGGCGGAUAUACCAUGAAAAGUUACUUGUCCAGGCUGAAAACAGAUUAUUUCUGGAAUACCUGACUGACAAAACUGAGGAGUACAGAAAGCAACCCGAGAAGGUAUGGAACAGCUAUUUACAAAAAAAUGAAGAAAUUGAACGAAGAAGACAACAAUCAGCCUCCAGAUAUGCAGAGCAAAUGUCAUUGCUUAAAACAGAACUCUUGCAAAAGGAAAAGAUCCAAUCCAGUUUGAAGCAGAAGUUGCAGGCAAUGAGGGACAUUGCUAUGUUAAAGGAAAAGCAGGAGAAAGAAAUACAAACAUUACAGGAGGAGAAAAAUAAAGUCCAAGCUGAGACAGAGGCAAAGAAACGGGAAGUACAGGCCCAGCUCCUCCAGGAGAAAAGAUUACUGGAAAAACGACUGAGGGAUACAGGCAAGAGGCUACUGGGAAAGAGAAAAAGAAGAGAGCUUAGUAUGAAGGCCCGGGCCUUGGAGUUGACAGCAAAACAGUCUCUUUUUGAAUACGCCUGUGGCAUCAAAAGAGAGAACCAGCAGUCACGGAAGGAAUUACUGCAGCUAACUGAGCAAUCCCAGAAACUAAUGGCUACUGAAAGCCACUUAAAAAACCGGAAGCAGCAGCUGCAGCAGGAACGGUGUUAUGUGGAGAGCUUAAUCAGGGUGAGGCAGAGACUGCAAGGAAAGCAUAAUCAGUGCCUAAACAGACAGGACGCUCCAAAGACCACACCCAGUCUUCCCCAAGCCACCAAAUCAAAGAUUAAUCCAGAGUAAUUCCUAAAAUAACACUGAUUAAAUAAGAACUGGAGCGAGUACUCUUAAAGUGCUACAUCAACCUGGUUAGGAAGGCUUUUGAAUUCCAGAUUGCUAUUUUAAAAGCUCCAUCAUCAUGUGUUAGUGUAAAGGAUUAGAUGCUUUUAUCCAACAGUCCUUCUAGGUAUCUGGUAACCAGCUUUCCUUAGCUAGCUUUUUCUUUAAAUACUCUUGUUAAUAAACAAGAUAUUCCACAAACCUCCAGUUAACCUAACACAUGACCCUAAGGUAGCCAUUUACCAUACAUCAAACCAGCUAAUGGAAACCAACCUAAAUGCAGUAUCUUCGUGGCUAAAAUUUUUAAAAAAAAGCAACC